GUUAAGGCUGCGGUGCGGUGCGGGUGCAGGGAGAGGUGUUUCGUUCUCUUAGCCCCGGCACCCCUGCGCCUGCUGCUGCCUCGCAUAGGUGUCUCAGGGCGAUGGGAAGGGCGCAAUCAGCCCGUGGUCACAGGCAAAGAACUGUUGUGUGCUGGAGCGGUGGCAAAAUUCCUUCCUUUCCACAUAGUCGUCCAGCACUGCCGUGAGCGCGACUCUGCUGAGUCCAUCACUAGGAGCUGCGGAGCACCUGGCUGGCCUGGGGUGCUCACUGAAUGAGAUUAUUCGUCUUCUCACACUGACAACCUCUACUUUGCUUUGUGCAAUGACACAGAGGGUGGUAAAGCUCCUUGUUUUGCUGUGAAUAUUACAAAAUGAAAGUUGUAGCUUCUAGAAAGGAGACAUUCCUGAGCGCGUUAGAUUAAAUUUGGAUUGUUUGAAAAGUGGGGAGCUAUUUCACCAUAGCACAAAAGAAGAUACAGAAGAAGAGACCAGAAUGAGAACUUUCCAAGUACCACAUGCCUGCAGCCUGUUAUCUUUAGUGAUGCUGUUCCUUCCAGUCACUGGAACAUCAAAACAAAAUAUCCCAAGACUUAAGCUUUCCUAUAAAGACUUGCUGCUUUCAAACAGCUGCAUCCCAUUCCUGGGCUCAGCCGAAGGGCUUGAUUUUCGAACCCUGCAGCUAGAUGAGGAGAGGGGCCGGCUGCUGAUCGGGGCUAAAGACCACAUCUUCCUGCUCAACUUGGUUGAUUUAAACAAAAAUGUAAAGAAGGUUUACUGGCCUGCAGCAAAAGAAAAAGUAGAAUUAUGCAAAUUAGCUGGGAAAGAUGCCUAUACAGAAUGUGCCAAUUUUAUCAGGGUUCUUCAGCCCUACAACCGGACCCAUGUUUAUGUCUGUGGCACAGGAGCUUUUCACCCUCUCUGUGGAUACAUUGAACUUGGAACUCACAAAGAGGAAAUGGUGUUCCGGCUGGAUACUCAGAACUUGGAGUCUGGCAGGUUGAAGUGCCCCUUCGAUCCUCAGCAGCCGUUUGCUUCAGUGAUGGCAGAUGAGUAUCUUUAUGCUGGAACAGCUUCUGAUUUCCUUGGCAAAGACACGGCUCUAACACGUUCCCUGGGCCCUUCUCACGACCACCAUUACAUCAGAACCGACAUUUCUGAACAUUACUGGCUUACUGGAGCAAAAUUCAUUGCAACUUUUCCCAUCCCAGACACCUAUAACCCAGAUGAUGACAAAAUCUACUUCUUUUUCCGAGAAAUAUCACAGGAUAGUGGCACGUCUGACAAGACAAUCCUUUCCCGGGUUGGCAGAGUUUGUAAGAAUGAUAUGGGAGGUCAAAGAAGCCUAAUAAACAAGUGGACUACUUUUCUGAAAGCCAGGCUUGUGUGUUCAAUACCUGGUCCUGAAGGAGCAGACACACACUUUGAUGAGCUGCGAGAUAUAUUCUUACUUUCUACAAGAGAUGAGAGAAAUCCACUUGUAUAUGGAGUUUUCACUACAACAAGCUCUGUCUUCAAGGGCUCUGCAGUUUGUGUGUACAGCAUGGCAGAUAUCAGAGCUGUUUUCAAUGGCCCUUAUGCUCACAAAGAGAGUGUGGAUCAUCGGUGGGUACAAUAUGAAGGUCGCAUCCCAUAUCCCAGACCUGGUACAUGUCCAAGCAAAACCUAUGAUCCGCUCAUAAAGUCUACCAGAGACUUUCCUGAUGAAGUCAUUAGCUUUAUUAAACGCCAUCCACUGAUGUACAAAUCCGUUUACCCAGUGACGGGAGGACCAGUUUUCACUCGAAUCAAUGUGGACUAUCGUCUGACUCAGAUCGUGGUGGAUCAUGUCAUGGCAGAGGAUGGGCAGUAUGAUGUAAUUUUCCUAGGAACAGACAUAGGCACAGUCCUGAAAGUUGUGAGCAUCACAAAGGAGAAGUGGACUAAGGAGGAGGUGGUCCUGGAAGAGCUGCAGAUAUUCAAGCACCCUUCGUUUAUCUCAACCAUGGAGAUUUCUCAGAAGCAGCAACAAUUGUACAUUGGUUCCAGGGAUGGAUUGGUUCAGCUCUCACUGCACAGAUGUCACAUGUAUGGGAAGGCUUGUGCAGACUGCUGCCUUGCCAGAGACCCAUACUGUGCCUGGGAUGGAAACUCAUGUUCCAGAUAUGCCCCUACUUCUAAAAGGCGAGCCAGAAGGCAAGACGUCAAAUAUGGAGACCCCGUUGCACAAUGCUGGGAUGUAGAAGACAGCAUUAGUCAUGAAACUGCUGAUGAAAAGGUGAUUUUUGGCAUUGAGUUUAAUUCAACUUUUCUGGAAUGUAUUCCUAAGUCCCAGCAAGCCUCCAUUAGGUGGUAUAUUCAGCGCUCUGGAGAAGAACAUCGAGAAGAGCUGAAGGCUGACGAAAGGAUCAUCAAAACAGAGCAUGGGCUGCUGAUCCGCAGCUUGCAAAGAAGGGAUGCGGGAGCCUAUUUCUGCAAAGCCCAGGAGCACACCUUUGUCCAUACCAUCGUGAAGCUGAAUUUAAAUGUCAUUGAGAACGGGCAAAUGGAAAGCACUCAGAAAACUGAGGAUGAGGAGGGCCGGGUGAGGGAUUUGCUGACAGAGUCCCGGCUGAGGUACAAGGACUAUAUCCAGCUUGUCAGCAGCCCCAGCUUUAGCCUGGAUGAAUACUGUGAACAGAUGUGGCACCGGGAGAAGCGGCGGCAGCGGAACAAAGGUGGUGCCAAGUGGAAGCAUGUGCAGGAGAUGAAAAAAAAGCGAAACCGAAGGCACCAUGAGCCAGCCAGGCCACCGUCUACGUAGUUUGUAAAUGCUAUUUAAAGAAAGGACAUUUUCCAUGGAAAAAAAACAAAUACUGUGUUUUGGUUUUGUGCAUCUUGCCUAUGAAUUAGUACUGCUUCUUAUUGAAAUCAGAUAACUCACCAUCACUAUUAAUCUGUAUGAGACUGUACAAGGGGAUUCGAUACCAAAUGAGAUGUUCCUUAUUGGAGUACCACACACCAGGCAAUAAUUUCAAAUGCAUUCAUUAAAAGGAUGUACACUUCUAGCUAAUUUCUGGGUAGCCUGAGGCUACGUGAGCUGUGUUCUGUACUUUCUGAUAAUUUUCACUAGGAUUUAGUGUCCGUGUUCCCAUGUUAAUAUUUGUUGCCACAUUCCACCCCAGAGGUGGCUACAUUUCAGGGGAGUGCAGAUGUAUUUCUAGUUCUUUGGCAUCUUUCUGAAUAAGAAACAUGGUAGAAAUGUGUGACAGAUCUGCAAAAAUACCCUCUAAUUUACCCAUUGGGCCUGUAUGCAAGCACAAGGGUGGGUUUUGCUAGCACAGAGAGGCACAGCAAAAAAUCAAAUUAAGUAUUGGCUUAGGGACAGCAUUCAUUCUCCCCAUAAAAAAAAAGAAAGCAUAAUCAUAGUUUAAGAGAGGGGAAUUAUUGAGCGUUACUCAUUAGAGUUUGAGUAGCCUCUAGUUUGCAGUCCAUCUGCUGAAAAGAAAUGUUGACUCUAAUUGAAACUGCCACCAAGAUGCUGGGGAGUAAAUUUCCUAAGUGGUCCGUGGGAGGUAUGUGCGUAAAUCCUAUUAACAAAUAACAGGAUUCCUGCCUGCACCUCUCCUAUCUCUCCAAAGGUUUGACUUUGUCUGUUUCUCUGGCCCUUUGCUAGCUUUGUUUUAUGCAGAGGAAAAGAAAAAUAAAAGACAACAACAAAGCUAAAACAAAAGACGAUGAGGGAAGAUAUUUAGUGGUUAAGACCAGUGCUCUUACACAGAGCUGACAUUCCUCAGAUGUGUGUAUUCUUUGGGAUUUUCUCCCAAAGGUCUUAUGUAUUUUUAAGUUGAAAAUUUGCAUUGUUGGGUUUAAUACUUUUAUUAUAAUUAAAUAAAACAAAAGGUGUCCACGUGUAAAUAAAACCUGUAAGUUAGAAAUUUGCUAUAUACCACAAUUUUAUUUGUAAAGUGUUCCUUGUUCCUUGGUUCAUAUUUUGGUUUUAAUAGUGUAAAUUUUUCCAUACAAGCAAGAAAAACUGGCCUCAUUCUUACCUAUUUUGCAUCAAUAUGAUUUCAUUGAUUUUAUUCCUGAUAUGCAGCAACAAACACAAGCUCGAAAUCAGGCCUACUGACUCUUCUCAUGAGUCACAGCCCCCCUUUCCUCUCUUCCAUCUAACCUCCCUCGUUUUGCCUUUCACGCCUUUUUGAGUGUGAAAUGACAAAUUAGCCACUUCCUCACAUGGAAGAGAGCUUUGAUGGAUACCAAAACGACAGGCUUUACUUGUUUCUCAUGCAUUCUACAGAUCUUGAGAGCAAAGUCUGUGGGAAACCCGUGUAAUUGGUGUGCACCUCAUUAAGGAACCAAAAACGUUGGCUCCGAAAGUUGUAGAUUCGCCCUCGCCCUUGCUAGUGUUUGUGUGUGCAUUCAGUCCCUGGUCUAUAAUUGUGUAGGUCCAGUUUACAUCGUUGUUCAUUUCCUCUCUGUUGAAAGUCAGAUAUGGUAAAGUGUUUGUCAGAUUCAGAAAGAAAUCUUGGCUUACCCACGUUUCUUGUAAAACCUGAAAGCUGAGUUUGCAUGUGUUGUAUAAAAGCCAGCCAUACCAUAUGUCAUUAAUUUUAGAUGCUUUUUUUAAUAGAAGAUGUGUGAGUUAAUUAGGAGAUAUUAGAUAGCAUGCGUACAAUGCUUUGAUAGUGUAAAGCACUGAGUGCUAACUAUGAUAAAAUGGGUCUGUGUGGGGGAGGGAAUUUCUCAGCACAGGACCUUUAAUUGGCAGAGAGAGUGAUGCUGCAGACAUUAACCACUCAAACAGUAUUUCGAGAAAACGCAGAGGACUUUUUGGCAUUUUUGCUGCAAAAUAAUGUAGGCCAGGCAUUUCACAAGAGGCUCAUCAUUUUGGGUACCUUGAUUUUAAGGCCAAUUAAGACUACUUAAAGGAGGUAUGGGGGGUGGGGGUGGUAUUAAACUGCUACAUAUAAAGCACCCUGUGACAGGGAUACUCAAUACUCUUGGCUGGAAGGUUAUGCUGACACCACACAGAACCUACCUAAUUACUCCUUAUUAGAUUUUUAUCAGCCCACAAAGUCCCAUUUUUCUGACCUGGACAUUAAGUAAAUCAGUGGAACCACACCAAUGUUAGGGACUAACAGGUGGUCCUGAUUCACAUGCGCUCGCAAAGGACCUCUUCUCCCCAGUGGUGACACAGUGCUUCAAUUACUGCAUUUCACACAACUCUCAUCACAUGUUUGCCUACUUCAUAAAAAGCAGAUCAAUUUCUUCUUCCAUAUUUUAUUCUUCUCCAUGAAAACUAAAUAAUCUGAUUUGUGUUAAGAUAUGACUGGCGUUAUGUAUUCUACAAAUGAACCCACCCGAUUGACUUUAGUAAAAAGCUGGGAUGACUAAGGGUCUCAGUGCUGGGAGCAUUAGAUUUAAAUGGUUGAAUUAAAAUAUUAUUACUCUUAAAA